AUGGCAAGCCUACGAAAAACACAUCCCCUAAUCAAAAUCGCUAACCACGCACUAGUUGACUUACCAGCCCCCUCUAAUAUUUCAGUGUGAUGAAACUUUGGAUCACUCCUAGGAUUAUGCCUAGCCAUACAAAUUAUUACAGGGUUAUUUCUAGCUAUACACUACACAUCUGAUAUUUCCACCGCUUUCUCCUCAGUAGCACACAUCUGCCGGGACGUAAAUUACGGAUGAUUCAUUCGAAGCAUACAUGCUAAUGGAGCAUCAUUCUUCUUUAUCUGCCUUUACCUACAUAUUGCCCGAGGAUUAUACUACGGAUCCUAUUUAUAUAAAGAAACCUGAAAUAUUGGAGUCGUCCUAUUCUUAUUAGUAAUAAUAACAGCCUUUGUAGGUUACGUCCUCCCAUGAGGACAAAUAUCAUUCUGAGGCGCCACAGUCAUUACUAACUUACUAUCAGCAAUCCCAUAUGUAGGAAAUGCCCUAGUCCAAUGAAUCUGAGGCGGAUUCUCAGUAGACAACGCAACCCUGACCCGAUUCUUCGCCUUUCACUUCUUAUUCCCAUUUAUUGUUGCAGCAGCUACCCUUAUUCACUUAUUAUUUCUACACGAAACAGGAUCAAAUAACCCAACGGGGCUAAACUCAAACGCAGAUAAAAUCACCUUCCACCCAUACUUCUCCUAUAAAGACCUGCUAGGAUUUAUAAUUAUACUAUUAGCCCUAACAUCCCUAGCACUAUUCUCCCCCAACCUUUUAGGAGACCCGGAUAACUUCACCCCAGCCAACCCAUUAGUUACCCCUCCCCAUAUUAAACCCGAAUGAUACUUUUUAUUUGCCUACGCCAUCCUACGAUCGAUCCCAAACAAACUUGGAGGGGUUUUAGCCCUUUUAUUUUCCAUUCUUAUUUUAAUACUGGUACCCACUCUACACACAUCGAAACAACGAGGGCUAACAUUUCGGCCCGCCACCCAGCUCCUAUUCUGGGCACUAGUAGCAGAUAUAUUUAUCCUAACAUGAAUUGGGGGAAUACCAGUAGAACACCCAUUUAUUACCAUUGGACAAAUUGCAUCCAUCCUAUACUUCACACUAUUCUUAAUUCUAAUGCCACUGGCAGGUUGACUAGAAAAUAAAGCAAUGGAAUUAGCUU